UUGAAAAGAAAUUUUAUAUAAAAAGAGUUUAUGUUGGACACUUUAUGACCUCUCUUAAUAUGCCCGGAGUUUCUUUGUCGAUUUUAAGAUUACCAAAGAAUUCGGAAUUAGUUAAUCUAUUGGAUGAAAGUGCUGAAGCACCAGGUUGGAUUAAUCCUAUUAAAGUGGAUAUUUCAAGUUUAGAUGUUAGUUUGGAUGAGAAAAUUUCUCAUUCAAAUGCAAAAAAAAAGGAGGAAAAACAUUUUGUUGUCAAUGUGGACCCACAAUUGUUUGAAUCUACAAUCAAAGCAGCUUGCAACGCUCUUAUCCAAGCCGAACCAGAAAUAACAAAAUAUGAUACUAUUGUAGGAGAUGGGGAUUGUGGUGUGACGCUGAAACAUGGAGCAACAGAUAUACUUGCAGCUUUUGAGGAAGGUCAAAUUGUAACCAAUGAUCUUUCAGAAGGCUUGAUGAAAAUUAGCAGCUUCUUGGAAGCAAGAGGUGGCACUAGUGGCUUUCUAUAUUGUUUAUUUAUAAAUGCAUUAUCAAACAGUUUGAGAUAUUUCGUCGAAGCUAAAAUGAAAGAAGAUAGUCACAUUAAAAAAGAUCAGAUUAUAGUGGAUGGUGAAUGUUUUGGCGCAAGUUUAAAGUCUGCAUUAAGUACACUGCAAACUUAUACUCCGGCAAGAAAGGGAGAUCGUACUAUGAUGGAUGUAAUAAUUCCAUUUAUAACAACGUUUACAGACACGUACUCAACUGAUUAUAAUACUUUACUAGCUUUUAAAGAUGCAAUUGAAGCAGCAAAAGCGGGUGCAGAAUACACUAAAGGAUUAAAGCCUAGAUUAGGAAGAUCAACGUAUAUUGCUGAUAACAUCAUUAAAGAAGCUCAGGUUCCUGAUCCUGGUGCAUGGGCAGCUUAUGUUAUUCUUAAUGGGAUUUAUGAUAAUUUAAGUUAA